AAAACUAGCAAAGGAUUAACGCCAAGUUAUCCAUAACGGAAAUGAAUCUUACCUGAUAGCUGUGAAAGAAUAUAAAACCAUACACAUUGAUAGAAUAUUCAGCAGUGUUACGGAGACACCUGGAAAGUAAACAUGAAGGUGUUACUCAUUUCAUUAUCCUUCAUCCUUGUGGCCCAAUGUCGCGGUGGUGUACUUUUGCACAACAUCCGUGACAGUUUGCAUUCCAAAAUCUAUGGACAUGGACUGCAUGGUGAGAAUAACAAUUCACCAGUCAUAAACAUCAACAAUUAUCAGAAUGUCAAUCAACAAUCCACGUUGGGAACGACUGGAGGGUCGACUCACCACAAUCGUGGAGAUUGGAAUUCCAAUCGAGGCGAUGGUUAUUCCAAUCACCAUUCAAUGAAACAAGAAAGUUAUUAUCAACAUCCUCCCAAAUUUGGACAACAUCACAAUUCAAAUAGAUUUGGUAAUAAUAAGAUUGGCUCGCUGUCCAGUUCUUCGGCUGCAGCAUCAUCAGCGGCAUCGCAAUUCGGUGGUUCAGCGUCUACGGCAUCAUCAUCGUCAUCAGUGGUUGGUUCCGGUUUUAGAGGCAGCUCAUCGACGUCUUCAUCAUCAUCAUCCAGCAGCAGCAGUGUUUAUGACUAUAGAAAAGAUCACUACUAUAACAAUCCAUGGCGUUACUGAUUACUAAAAAUUUGUUACGAAAAUAAGAAAUUAGGUUGAUAAAUCAAAUAAAAUUGUUUACAUACCUUUGUUAAUAAGACUUACAAA